CAGACAGCUUUAGUCUACAUGAGGUUUGACUUCUAGAAGGUAGCACGCGUAUUCGGUGAAGACAUGGAUUGCGAAUGCGAUUGUUCGGCGUACGGUAACGGACAGUCCAAUGCCAUCCUUUUCAACAUCCUCAGCCGAGGCGAGUCGACUGCGAACGAGCCCAACUACAAGUGGGUCCCUCAGACGUGCCACUGCGAGAAACGCAGGAAAGUCUGUCUGAAAACGCCCAACGAGACGUGUCAGGUUGCUUCCGACGUGCUGGUCAAGACCAUACACUUCAUGAAGAGUUUGCCGGCGUUCCAACAGCUGCCGCCUAAAGACCAGCUGUCGCUGCUCCAGAACUGCUGGGCGCCGCUUUUCAUUCUGGGUCUGGCCCAGGACCGGGUUCGCUUCGACGUCCACGACACUCCGGCGCCCAGCAUGCUGAAGAGAAUUCUGCUCAACAGCGAGGAGAUGCUGAGCUCCGAUCGAGAGCAGCCCACGCUGACCGGCGUGCAGACGCUCAAAGCCUGCCUCAAGAAGUUCUGGAGUCUGGAUUUAAGCCCCAAGGAGUACGCUUAUCUGAAAGGCACCGUAAUAUUUAAUCCAGAUGUGCCGGGUCUGAAAGCAUCUCUGUUCAUCGAGGGUCUGCAGUAUGAAGCUCAGCACGCCCUGAAGGAUUUCCUGGUGCCUCUUCAUCCAGAGGACAGAGGGCGAUUUGCUCGUAUCCUCCUCACCGCGUCUACUUUAAAAACCAUCACUCCGAGCCUCAUCACGGAGCUCUUCUUUCGGCCCGUCAUCGGUCAGGCUGAUCUACUGGACUUGUUGAUUGACAUGCUUUUCACGAGGUAGCGAACCAAAGACUGCUUGAAUUCGGACUUUCUGUAGAAUAUUAUUUUCUCGGGUGUUCGAGGGGAGAGUUUCGGCGCGAGCGCUGGAUGAAAACCACACUGCGUAAGGGUUACGUCUGAAGUAUUUGACUUUAGUUACAGACUUUAGCACAUUUGUAUUGUUUACACAGUUUAAUGAAAUUACUGCACCUUUGUAAUGGUAUUUAGGUCACGAGAAUGUGAUUUAUCGAUCGUUGUCUUUUUUUGGAAGCACCGUUGUAGCUUUUUAUACAGUAUGGGAUGAUACAAAGUAGUCCUUGAUAAAACUCUCUAGAAAAGAUCUCCGCACCUACGGGAGAUUCAUGUAUUGUCUCUGUGAGAAAGCUAGAGGAAAACAUUUGUAUGUUCAUUAAUAUACUGCAAUUAAAUCUAUUUUUUCACAUUUUGGCAUUAUCA